AACGAAUAAAAGUUAGAGAGAGAAAGUAAACUCGUGUGGAACCAGUAUAUAGAGAGUCACCCAAAAAAUUGAGAUGUUAAAACUAAAAGCAUAAAAUUUUUUCUCUCUUGGUUUUGCCCAUGUAGUAAGUAGACUAUAUGGGUUCUGAGUUUCAAUCUUGUUUUUUUCUCUCUUAAAAUCUCUAAACCAAAGAUCGCACCUUUCUAUAAACAAUCUCUUUUAUUUGUUGUAAGAGAGUGAAUCUCGUGAGUUUGUUCUUCUGUGUGUAUUAGUGUUCUUUGUUUUGAAUCUUGCACCGAUGAGGAUCCGUAAAAGACACCCUAUUUUCUCUUCUUCUGAGUCUAUUUCAUCUUUCCAUCUCUCAGAUCUUAACCAGUUUAACCGGUCACCGGUCAUGGUGCAACUCAGCGACGGUACUCAUGCUCACACACAACCGAAACCUUGUUCUUCUUCAACUUCGUUCCUUGUUCCAGCUAGUUCGAGCUUGGAUGUUUAUCAGCCGUCUGAUCAAACACUCCCACUGAUCGGGAAACUAAACAACGGCUACGAUUAUCCAUCCACCAUCGAGCAAAGUGGGGUAAACAAACAGCACAACAAGCAAGAUCCUUUGGACGAGAAGGUUAGAGGGGAAGAGAAAGAGAAUGGAGACAACAAAAGUAAUCAUAUCAGCAAAGGAGAUAUCUUGCUUGAUUCUCAACUCUUUCCAUCAUCAACUACUUUUGCUCAAGAUGGGAGAUGGUGUGAGGGAGAGAAAGCUAUUCCAUUAAAGAAAAGGAAAGGAAGGUUGGAGAAUGUUGGUAUCAAGAGUGAUGAUAGUAAGAAAACAAAGAGUAAGAUGAAAACGAAGCUGAAUAAGACAUGUUCCACGAGAAAAGACGAGGAUGAAGAUGAAGAAAGCAAAACAAAAGUGAAUGAUAUUAAGAAGAGGGUGACAAAAAGGGGAAGUGCACUAAUGGAAGGUUCGCGGUGCAGUCGUGUUAAUGGAAGAGGAUGGAGGUGUUGUCAACAAACACUAGUUGGUUAUUCUCUUUGUGAGCAUCAUUUAGGGAAAGGAAGGUUGAGAAGCAUGACAAGUGUUAGAAAUAGAUCUAUUGGAGUUUCUUCUACUACUACUACUACUGUUGCACCUAGCAAUAUUGUUCAUAUUAGAGAUACUAGUGCUUCAUCUUCUAAUUCUGAUCUUGUAAAGAAAAUCACUUCUGGGGAUGAUAUUGUUGAUAAGUUGGAGAAUUAUGAUGAGAAGAAGAAGCCAGUGACAACGAUUAAGAAGAGAAUGAAACUUGGAAUGGUUAAAGCACGAUCCAUGAGCAGCUUAUUGGGACAGACAAACAACAAGGUUGUUAUAGUUGACGAGAAUAACAAGAAAAACUUCCUACUGCCAAGAAAAUUGACUGUAGAUCCUAUGCAAAAGCUCACUACAGGAAGAGAUAUAAUAUGAUGGGAGAAUAAGAGGUAGCUAAGUGGUGAAUGAGGCUAAUAAUUUGGAAUUGGAGCCAGCUAUUUGGUAGGCCAGUGGUAUUAAAAAAUGGAUGUGGAUUGGGGAAAAGGUUUAAACUAAAGUCAGUCCAUAGUUAGACACAACUUCAGGAUUUAUUUAAGUGAAUGUAAGACUACAAAGUUAGAGUGACUUCGUUCUCUCAUGUAUAAAUCAAUCUCUUUUACUAUCUAUUUUUUUAUUUAUUUACAUUCUCUAUUAAAAAAAAAUAGUUAAAGUCAUCAAAAUGAUGAAAUUUCAUAGUCUCUGAAUCCUUUCCCUUUAACUUUAUAAGCCUUGGUCGAGGGCAUAGGGCAUAUGCCUUAACUCACAUUUUUUAUCGUAUUUAAAGAGUGAAUAAUAUUUUUUCUAAACUUUUUAAAUAAAAAAUUAUUAUUUAUAAUAAAAAUAUAAAUAAUUUUUUUAUAAUAUAAAUAUAAAGAUUAUAUAUAUUUUUAUUAAUUACUUAAUUUACUUAUAGUUUAGUAAUAAUUUUACUAUUUCAUUAACCAACAAAAUAUACCUAGAUAU